AUGGAUCCCUUGUUCGGCGAUGCUACGAUCCAGGAGAAGGCACGACGUGACGAGCAGAGUAGGCUAGACAUCAUUAUUGUCGGUGGCGGUUUGGGGGGGUUGGGUGCAGCGAUAGCUAUUCUACUUGCUGGACACGACGUCACUGUUCUUGAGGCAGCAUCCGAUAUUGGAGAAAUCGGAGCGGGCAUUCAGAUUCUCCCGAACGCGGCCCGCAUCCUUUUCUCCUGGGGUUUGAAAGAUAUUUUGGAGCCACAUGCUACCCUGCCUCGGAAAUGCAACUUCUGGGGAUGGAAAGGCAAUCAUCUUUCCGAGAUGGACUUCCAUAAAUAUGCUCACGUGACCAAAGCCCCUUUUUGGGACUUUCACCGCGCAAACUUGCUCGACGGCCUCCUUACGAGGGCUGUUCAACUCGGCGCCAAAGUAAUAACUAACGCAAGGGUGCAAGACUUCACUAUAGGGACCAAGAAGUCCAAGGAGUCCUCGGCGACAGUCUUCUUGUCUGACGGUCGAACCAUGACUGCCGACCUUGUCAUCGGUGCUGAUGGCAUCCACUCGAAGCUGCGAGGAAUAUUCCUUGGGAAAGAAGAUCCGCCAAUCCCAACAGGCGACCUAGCCUACCGUCUUCUCCUGAGUACCGAGUGCAUGAUGACAGACCCUGAGUUGCGCGACUUUGUGGACAACCCACAGGUUAAUUAUUGGCUGGGCCCUAGUGUACAUGCGGUUAACUAUAUCUUACGAGGAGGGGAUUUGCUCAAUAUGGUACUACUUGUUCCAGAUGACAUGCCAGCAGGGAAGACAUACACCGUCGAGGGAGGUGUUAGAGAAAUGCGCGAUCAUUUAGAGCAAUGGGAUCCUCGUCUGGGAAGACUAGCUGCUUUAUGUGACUCCCAGUCGAUACUGAAGUGGCGGCUCUGCAUUCGCCCAGCCCUUGAACCCAAAUGGUCCGAUUCUUCGGGGGCAUUCACAAUGCUUGGUGAUGCUGUCCACGCAACCUUGCCAUACUUGGCAAGUGGCGCUGGCAUGGCUCUGGAAGAUGGCGGGGUUCUUGGUCUGUGUUUGAGCAGGCUUACUGAUAAGUCCCCAUGCUCGAAAAGAAAAGCACUUGAAGUGUACGAGGCGUGUCGGCGGGAGAGGACGGAAAAGGUCGUUCAGCGUGGUUCUCAUAAUCAGCAGGUGUAUCAUCUGCCAGAUGGACCAGAGCAAGCGCAGCGAGAUGUGAAGUUCAAGAUAUUCCAAGAGUUGGAUAAGGAAUGGUUGAGCGAGGAAACACCGAUGCUUCCCAACGUGCAAGAGACUGGCGAUGAUCCCUUCCCUUGGAGGUACCAUGGAGUAGCAAGGUGGUUGCUAACGUAUGACAUGUGGCGGGAUGUCGACGAGAAAUGGGCUGCCUGUUCUGCUCCAGAGUUUAUGCGAGAGCCACUGGGACAUGGUGCAUAG